ACGGUGCAAUCAGCACUUGGAGAUUUGCUCUAUAUCUCCUUUCCUUUUUGCUCUACAGUUUCUAUUUUUCAUUUACCCGUUUUAAUGGCUUCCGCCAUUAAUAAUUGCUGUCCUCUUCGAUGCAUCUCCGAGUUUCCUCUCUCUCACUCACUGGGAUACCUUCCCCUACACCUCUCCGCAUCCAAUCGCAACUCCGGUGAUACAAUUAAUAACAAGGUUCUGCGAUUGGAUGGCCGUAAUCGACGCUCCAUUUCUGUGAAUUGCAGUUCGACGACGGAGAAGAGAAUUUUAUCUGGAGAUCGAAUGCUGGUGUUUGUGCCGCCACAUCCUUUAAUUAAGCACUGGGUUUCAGUUCUUCGGAACGAGCAGACGCCUAGCCCAGUCUUCAGAAAUGCUAUGGCUGAGCUUGGCAGACUACUAAUGUACGAGGCAUCAAGAGACUGGCUGCCAACUAUCUCCGGAGACAUUCAAUCGCCAAUGGGUGUUGCCUCAGUGGAAUUUGUUGAUCCAAGGGAACAUGUUGCAAUUAUUCCCAUAUUACGAGCUGGUCUUGCUCUGGCAGAGCAUGCAUCGUCACUUUUGCCAGCAACAAAGACAUAUCAUCUUGGGAUUAGCAGAGACGAAGAAACUCUUCAGCCAACUAUAUACUUGAACAAGCUGCCUGACAAAUUUCCUGAAGGUUCUCGAGUAUUUGUUGUAGAUCCCAUGCUUGCAACAGGUGGUACAUUGGUUGCAGCUCUUGAACUGAUAAAGGAACGAGGGGUGGACAAUAAGCAAAUAAAAGUGAUAUCUGCUGUUGCUGCUCCUCCAGCUCUUAAAAAAUUAGGCGAGAGUUUCCCUGGGCUUCAUGUAUAUGCUGGAAUUCUCGACCCUACUGUUAAUGACAAAGGGUUCAUAAUUCCUGGACUAGGGGAUGCUGGGGACCGUAGUUUUGGCACAUAAAUACAGCAAACUGUACAACUAGCUUGAUUUUAUCUGUUCUCGUUACUCCCAAUUUUGAUAUCUGAAGGAAAUUCCAUUCGUGAAUCGAAGACAAGUGCCGCUGAGAAAAGUUUCUAUGUGAGUGAGAUACAUGGGCUUGGAUUUCUUUGACCUUUGUUUCAACUGUUCAUUGUUUUCGGAAUUUCUUUUUUAGUGUUAAUUCGAAAGGAUUAUUAUCUUUUGAAAAUAUACCUGCAAUAUCUGAGGUCACUGUAUGUGACAAUUAUUCGUCAAACAAGGCAUUACAUUAGGGUACCUUAAUCUUUUACUGCAUUUAAUCUUACGGUUGCAGUGAUGGAAUGAAGUUAGUUUUGGACUCCCCUUAA